AUGCGCCCGACUACAUUCGAAAUCGUGUUUCCCCGACUAUCCGACGAAGCCCGCAAUCAAUAUGUACAUGUUCAGAGCGAUGUUGUGGAUUUCCUCAUAGAAGAAAUAACGAACGAUCCGAGAAGCGAGAACGCCGAGUCGCUCUUCAAGCUCGAGUACACUGAUGGCCGACAAGACUACGUGCCUCUCGCGAAACUACUAGACUACCCCGGCGGAAGAAGAGCAUUGCAGCAAUUUGAAAUGAAUCACUCCCCCGGAAGCCAGUUCUCCCAUCCUAGGCGAGGCAAGAGGGGCACCCAAUGUUGGGACGAUUUUGAAGAUGACUCCGGAUCCAACUCCAUCUCCUCAGACGACCUCACAACCCACGACGAUAACGCCGACGAUCUUCCUGCCAGACCAGCUAAGCGUCUACGUCUUUCCAGAUCUCGAAAUACCCGCCAGGCGGGCCAUUCCCAGGUGGGGGAGGACGAGGAAGAGGAGGAGCCAAAGUCAGCACAGAAUCAGCCACAGGCGCGCCAGCUCCGAGAGCGUCGACCCAAGCAGCUCACCUUGACUAGCAUGGGUCUCAUGAAUGGCCUUGAUUCCGCAUUUGGAGAAGACGAACUAGCUCAGGACUCCUUCUUUGCGUCCAAUAAGGCCUCCGAUAAUGACGACUUCACCUUGGUCACAUCAGACAUCAACCCAACUCGCGGCAGACCGCGGAAGAACAUGCGCCCCAAGUCAACUCGGCUUGGCAAAUCCUCGGACCCUAAAUCCCGCGGCUCGUCAAUCGAGUUCGAGGACCGUCGGCGGUCAGGAAGAGCGACACGCAAUCUAAACAGCAUGAGGGACACCACUGCCUUAGAUGACGAUGACGAAGAGUUCUAUAUCGUCGACACGAGAGAGCCCACAGUCCCCAGGGCCAUAAGCGCCAAGGAAGUCUUCCAACCGCUUCCUCCCGAUUCGGAUUUCCCACUCUUUCACACCCCCGUCUGUGAGACGUGCGGUCAGGGUCCCGUUUCUAGCAAGGGUCAGCUUAUCGGUUGCCAGGGCUGCUGCCUCACCUUCCACAAAGUUUGCCUUGGCUACCGCGCCCAACGCGAUCACCUGGCCACGAAAAUUGGGAAUGAUAGCUUUGUUUUGCAAUGCAAAUGGUGCAUUGGCAUGCACCUGAAGAAAGACAAAAAUGCUCCUCGGUAUUCUGCGUGCCAGUCCUGCAAGGAGAAUAGUCCUUCUUGUGCUCCAUUCUCUCAGAAGAAGACAGCAACUCAGGAAGAGAAGCUGAGGGCCGAAAACGACGGUGUUGAUCCUAUUACACCUGUCGAUACGACCCUCGUCAAUAAUCCGCAGCAUGUCUUGUUCCGCUGCACGAAGUGCAAGCGCGGCUGGCACUUUGAGCACCUCCCUGCUCCGUCUGGGCAGCAGUCUACCCCGAAUUCGAACGCUAGCCCUUCCAGUGUCCGAGAACAACGACGGGCUGAGUACUCUGGCGAUUGGAGCUGUCGAGAUUGCGCCACCACCAAUGACAAGGUUCAGACGUUGGUUGCCUGGCGUCCCGUUAGCAAAGAUGUUGAGCCAGGUCGGUCCUGUGAAGAGUUCCGAGAGGAUGAUAAGGAAUACCUUGUCAAAUGGCAGGACCGUUCCUACUCUCACUGCUCGUGGAUGCCCGGCGCCUGGAUAUUUGGUACCGUGACAGCAGCGUCUCGAUUGACAUUUGCCAAGAAGGACGCAGCAGAGAGCCUGCUCAAGCGGGACGAAAAGGACGCGAUCCCCGAAGAAUAUCUUCUGAUCGAUGUCGUCCUUCUCGCCAAAAUGGACAAGUCGUCGUCGUCGUCUAGAAAGGAGAGGAGCAAGGAAGCCGACUUGGCACGUAUUUCUCAUGUCAAACAAAUCUACGUCAAGUUCCAAGGCCUCAGUUACCAUGAAGCCGUAUGGGACUCUCCACCUUCCCCUGAUUCGGGGCGCAUUUACGACUCCUUCAAAGCGGCCUACGAGGAGUAUUUGAGCGGCAAACAUUUCCCGAACGAUUCCUGUGAGAAAAUGAGAGACAGAGUCCGGGCGUACAAGGAUAGCCCCUUCGAGGACCUCAAGGUGCAGCCACCCGGCAUCAAACGGGGCAAGCUGAUGGAGUAUCAAAUGGAGGGAGUGUCGUGGAUUCUUUAUAACUACCACCAGAACCGCAAUGUGAUCCUGGCCGACGAGAUGGGCUUGGGGAAAACGGUCCAGGUCGUUACUCUCAUUACGACACUGGUCCAGGAUAAGCCAAGGUGCUGGCCGUUUAUGGUUGUGGUUCCCAACUCAACGUGCGCCAAUUGGCGACGGGAGAUCAAGUACUGGGCACCCGAUCUUCGUGUUGUGACCUACCACGGUGGACGUCGACCGCAGGAGCUGGCCUACAAGUACGAGCUGUUCCCCGAUGGCUCCUCCCACGUGAAGGCACACGUCGUCGUCAUGUCGUAUGACUCGGCACAGGAUGAGCGAACAAAGUCCCUGUUCAGCUCAGUGCACUGGGCCGGACUGGUCGUGGACGAAGGGCAGCGACUGAAGAACGACCGGAACCUCCUCUACACGGCUCUCAAGUCUAUGCGCUUUCCCUUCAGGCUUCUGCUUACGGGUACUCCUCUGCAGAACAACAAGCGUGAGCUGUUCAACUUGCUCCAAUUCGUUGACCUCAAACACAACGCCGCCAAACUGGACGAGCAGUAUAGCGAGCUCAACGCCACCAAUUUGCCCGAGUUGCACGAAAAGAUUCGCCCGUACUUUCUCCGACGCACCAAGGCCCAGGUCCUCAAGUUUCUCCCCCCCAUGGCGCAGAUUAUUCUUCCGGUUUCCAUGACCAUUCUGCAGGAGAAGCUCUGCAAAUCGAUCAUGUCGAAGAGCCCCGAGUUGAUCAAGGCCAUCUUCGCGAACAAGAAGAUCAGGUCCAAGGAACGAGGGAGCCUGAACAAUAUUCUCGUGCAACUGCGCAAGUGUCUCUGCCACCCGUUCCUCUACAGCGAGGCCAUCGAGGAAAAGUCGGCGGAUCCAGAGACCAUGCACAGGAACCUUAUAUCCGCCUCUGCGAAGCUCUUGUUGCUCGAGAUUAUGCUCCCGAAACUAAAAGAGCGCGGCCACCGGGUCCUGAUCUUCAGUCAGUUCUUGGGCCAGCUGGACAUCAUGGAGGACUUUCUUAAUGGGAUGGGAUUCGACCACCGAAGACUCGACGGAUCGAUAUCCAGUCUCGAGAAGCAAAAGCGCAUCGAUGAUUUCAACGCCCCCGACUCGCCUGUCUUUGCCUUCCUCCUGUCCACUCGGGCUGGUGGUGUCGGGAUUAACCUGGCGACGGCCGAUACCGUCAUCAUUCUGGACCCAGACUUCAACCCGCACCAGGACAUUCAAGCUCUGUCCCGUGCGCACCGAAUUGGACAGAAAAAGAAGGUUUUAUGUUUCCAACUCAUGACAAAGAACUCUCCGGAGGAGAAGAUCAUGGCAAUUGGGCGUAGCAAGAUGGCCUUGGAUCAUGUCCUGAUUGAGAGUAUGGACAAUGAGGUGGAAGCCGGCGACGACCUUGAGGACAUCCUGAAGUUCGGAGCGUCCACUCUCUUCAGCGACGAGCAAGAUCAGAAGGAUAUCAUUCGCUACGAUGAUGCCAACGUCGAUAAGCUUCUAGAUCGCUCAGGAAUGGAGCAAACUAAAUCGGACGAAGGAACGGCCGAGUCGCAGUUCUCAUUCGCAAGAGUAUGGGCCAACGAGAAGGGGAGCUUCGACGAGCAGCUUGCAGAACAUAAGGACCCAACACUGCAACCCAGUAUCUGGGAGCGCAUUUUGGCGGAGCGUGAGGCAGAAGCUCAGAGGAUAGCGGAAGAAAACGCGGUAACUUUGGGGCGCGGAGGCAGGCGUCGUCGGGCUGUCAACUACAGCACGACUGACGCGGCCGACAAUGCGGAACCGAGCGGCUCUGAUGUAGAUCCGGACUUCGGCACGGACUCGGAUCAAGAAGAGCAGGAUGACGAAGAGUCCACGAGUGAGCCCGAGAUCCCUGCCACUGUUGCAGUUGACAAAAGCAAAGUCAAAGGUAGAUCCAGAAAAUCAACUUGUUGA